AUGGAAGAAGUCCAAGAGCUUAUUUUGGAAGCCAGGGACCUAAUGGAGGCCGACCGCACCUUGCUCCACGUUCCCGCGCCGUGCCGCGUGGUCUCCGAUUUGCAUGGUCAGUUCGCGGACCUCAUGCGAAUAUUCGGUUGGUGCGGCGCACCAGACGGAAGCAUCCCGUGGGUCUUCAUGGGUGACUACGUUGACCGAGGCUGCAACAGUGUUGAGGUGAUCCUCCUGUUGUACGCACUCAAGAUCAAGUGGCCGCGAGAGAUCAUCCUCUUGCGCGGGAAUCAUGAGAUCAUGAACAUCAACAAGUGCUACGGCUUUCGCACCGAGUUGAGCCGCAAGUGGGGUUCCCGUCGUGGCGAAGCGUUAUUCAAUGCAUUUAACGACUCUUUCGACUACAUGCCCCUGGCCGCAAUUGCGGCGCCCCCAGGCUACAAAGGCGACCUGGAGCCGUGCGUCCAGGAUGCAUCUGAGUUCAUGCCAAGCCGCUACCUGAUUGUGCACGGCGGCAUAGGGCGAUUAGAGAGCUUGGAUCAAAUCAGCAGCGUUGAGCGCCCCGUACGCACAGGAACCGGCGAUAUCAACGAGCUGAUCAUGCUCGAGCUGGUCUGGUCCGAUCCAGCUCCAAGCGAUGAGCACAACGGCUUGCUCACCAACAAGCGCGACAACCACAGCGGAAGCAUUGUCUGCUUUGGCGCUGAUCGGGUUGAGAACUUCUGCCAGCGCAACAGCAUCACCGCCAUUCUGCGCGGCCAUGAAUGCAUCGACGAGGGCAUGGAGCUUGCUUUUGGCGGCCGUGUCGUCACCUUUUUCUCCGCCGUCAACUAUGGCGGACAGUCUGCCAAUCACGGCUGCAUCUUGCACUUGGCGCUCACCGCAGGCGAAGACGAUCAACCUACCAUCGAGGUCCAGCCUAUUCGCUUGGAAGCAAAGAAGCGCCAUUUAAUGUAUUACGAGCCUGGAGAGGAUUCUACUGACGACGGCGACUUGACGGACUACGAGCCCGACCAGGACCUCCUCGAGACACGAAUUACUCCGAACAAGCGCCUGGCGCAGCGGCAGAUACGCUUCCAGCCCUUGGCUGAAGCCGAUGCACCAGUGGCUGCGGGCACGUUGGUCUCAGCCAGUUCAAAAGUAACCGAGGAGUCCGGUCACUGGAGCUGCGACGAGGCCCUUGAUGGAGCUUCAGGUUCACUACCUGCCCAUGUGAGCGAUCCUGGGGGAUUGCUCAAUAUCCCGAGAAGCCAAGAAGCCGAAGCCGUGGGAUCGCACUGUGAAGCAGGUGCAAAAGGCAGCGUCGACAGUGACACGGCGUUGCUGAGCCUGGCAGCGGCGGCAUGUCACCCCUGUUCGGCCGGCGAACCCUACCUGCCCGUGCGAUGCCUCUCGGACCUAGAGCAUGCCGCUGCAGCCGCCGACAAGGACUUGAAAAUUGCUCGCGCAUACCUGUUAAAUAUGAUGGUCCAGUCUGGGGCCUUCAAGUACCUUCUGUGUCAGUCAGUGUGCAGCGCCGUUUACGAGGCAGCGCGGGAAACAGCAAUUUCGUCCUCAGACGCCUGUUUGGGCAUCGCGGCGAGCUCUUCCAAUGCCGCACAUCCGAAGCCAGAAUUUGUCGUGUUGUCGUGCGAGGGUGUCUGGGUCGACGAGGACAUGCAAGAUGUCGACGACCAGGCGCAGUGGCAGAGCUCCCGCGCUGACCAAGGAAACUUGACAUUGUUCAGAACACCGAGCAGGUCCAAGGCUCAAGGUCCUAUCGCGUUCCCAUUUCAAGUCCCUGUGCAGGAGAUUCUAACGCCUUUUUCACUAGCAUGCGAGACGAAGUACGCGAAGCUGGCAUGUAUUGCCAUAAGCUCCUUUCAAAAAUUGCUCGCGAAUGAUGCUGUUUCAAUUAGGGGCCGCUGCGAUAUUAUCAAGGCUCUCCAAGCGGCCGAGCGCUUAAAUGACGAAAGCGUCAAGCUUCGCAUUCUUCAGGCCAGCCUUACAAUUAUUCAAAGCCCAAGCUUUGCAGACGAGCAGGACGCCAUACAACAACUGCUGUCGCUGGUAUUUCGCGUUUACGUUAACAACAAGUCUAACUUUGCGGUGCACAGCACUGCGGCAGCCACCAUACGGCAGGCGGUGGCAUUGGUGUUUGAUCACUCCCUGCUUCCCAGCCGAGCCCCGGCGACCCCCACGCCGCCCUCCCUAUCCACACCCAUAAGGAGCGUCACCUCAUCAAGCGGCGCGAACAGUCCGGGGCCGCCGCAACCAGGCGCAGCACCUAGCAGCUCGGCUGCAGCAGCAGCAGCGAUUGCUGCUGUCAUUGCCAGUAUCCCUGCCACUGCGGAGGGAGGUCCAGCUCCCGGCCGGGAGGUGGUGCCGGUGCUGCUGCUGGAGGAGAUGAUGGGCUGGCUGGGGGCCAGGGAUGGCAAGGAGCUGGGCUGGGUGCAGCUGCAGCCGCGCGGCGGCAACCGGGUGGACCGCACCUUCCUGCUGGAGAUGCUGGAGGCGGUGCUGCUGCAGCGCUCUGCUGCCGUCCACAGGCUGCCGGGACUGGUGCAGUGCGUCAAGACCAAGGUUGCUGCCGCAAUCAACGGCCUGCUGGACAGCGCCUGUGACCGCCUGGUGGAUCCCAACGAUGCGGUGGAUUGCCGCCUGGUGGUGCGCUGCGCUGCCGCCCUGGUUCGCCGCCACCACGACCUGGCACCCGAGCGGGCCGCAGCCAUGGUGGUGCGGCUGGCGGAGACGGCGGGCAGUGUAGGGCGACCUGGCGCGGCUCACCGCUGGCAGCGUUUCAUGGCGUUCCAGGCGCUGCGGGGUUUGCUGGCGGACCCGUCAUUGCUGUACAGGUUGCACCACAUGACCCUGCCAUCGCCGCCCGCCGACAAGCACGCGGGCGCGGCAGCGGCCACCACUGCCGGGUCCGGAAAGGCAGCUGGCGCCGCGGCGGGGGGGGAGGCCGCCAACGGUGACUUGGCCAGCGGCGGCGUGGGAAGCGGAACCGGAGGCGGCGGUGGCGGUGUGUUGCCCGCCGUGAUUCAGUCCAUUCACGACGCUCUGCGGUGGUACGUUCGUACGGCCAUUGAGACGCCCGAGGAUGACGUGGUCGCGGCACUGGGUAACUUGUACUUCCAGAGGGCGAUGGGGGCGCGAGACGCGGUGCAGGAGACUGAGGCAUUCGGCACCAACCUGGCUCAGGGCAGUGAGGUGGUGGUGGCCCACCUGGCCCUCGAGUGUGUGCUGGCGAUGGUGGCGGCCACGGAGGCGCUCACGGACGUCGUGGUGCUGCCUGCGGAGCCGGGGAUGCCCUCACCCAAACUCAUCACUCGCGACACGCCCGACGUGCGAUGCGCGGCUGUGGCGGGUUUGGUUUCGGAGCUGUGGCGCUGCGUGCUGGGUGUGUGCAACACGUUGCUCGCCCGAGCCAGUCACGAGGUUCUUGUGGGGCUGCUGGUGCGGGGUCUGCAGGGCAUGACCUACAGCGCGGGCGCACUGGGGGUUAUGGACGCCCGUGACGCGCUGCUGCAUGCGCUGUGCGCCCACACGCUGCUGCCGCCGGGGGAGGAUGACGUGGCGGCACUGGCGGUGUCCACGGCGGGCGGUGGUGCUGGCGCUGGCGGCUUGUUGUCUGAUGACCGGAGCGUCGGCGGCUCAGCGCGCCGCCUCGCAAGUGUCGCAGCAACACCACCUCCCGUCUCGACAGGAUCAUCCGCCGUCGUCGCUGCUGCUGGCGGCGGCGGCGGCGCCAGCGGCGGGUCUCGUCCUGCCCCCGGCUUCCUGACCGCUCUGCUGGUGGAGCGCUCGGCCUCCUCCGUCCGCGUGGUGCUGACCCCUCGCAACAUCGCGGCGCUGCGGUCCCUGUUUAACCUGGCUCACCGCCUGGCGGAUGGUCUGGGCAGCUGCGGGUGGCUGUACGUGGUGGAUGCGGUGAACGCACUGGACCGCAUCCUUGCCUCCCCGCACACCACCACGGCGGCGUACCUGCUGGAGACGGGUGGCGAGGGGGAAAUUGUCGUCGGCCUGCAGCCCAUGGGGUCAGCGAUGAUGUCCGGAGCGGGAUCAGGAGCGGCUGGGACGGCGGCAGGCGGCGGGGUCACCGGCGCUGGCGGGUCGGCAGCGGCAGCUGCCGCAGCCGCUACCGCUGCCUCUGCCGCCGCCGCGGCGGCGGCGGCAGCAGCAGCAGCAGCUGCUGGCGACGGUGGGCCCGACGACAGCUCCACUACUGCUCAGCGCGAGCUCCGCAUCCUGGCCUCCGCCGCCGACCAGUUGUUUGAGAACAGCCACCACAUGUCCCCAGAGGCGGUGGUGUCGUUGCUGUCUGCGCUCGCCGACAUAUCCCACCGUACACUGGCUGGGCUGGGGCUCCUGGCCGGCGGCGGCACCGCGGCCGCAGCAGCUGCCACGUCAGCGCCUGCGCCCCUCCUGCCGAACGGCGGUUCCAUGGGACCUGCAUCGUCGGCGACUUCGGCUGCCCCCGCGGCGGCUACUGCCGCUGCAGCUUCCGCUGGUGCAGCAGGCGGCGGCGGCGGUGGACCGUUGAGCCCCGUCGCGGCCGCCGCUGCGGCUCCUGGCCCUGUGCGGUUGUGCGCACUCAACCGCAUGGUCGACACGCUUCUCCACAACUUGUGGCGAGUUCAGGAUUUGUGGGGAAUCUUCCUGGCGCAUGUGCUGGAGGUCCUGGCCAGCAGCAACGUCCAGGUUCGCGCAGCUGCGGUAGACGCCCUGGACCGCACCAUCACCGGCGCCCUCAACCCCGACUUGCACGUGCCUGACAAAUUCACGGCGCCACUGCCCGCGUUGGAAGACGCUUUCCUGCCGUCGUACGCAGCCGCCGGGGCCACCCGGAGAACGCUGAUGACCAGCUUUCCGUCGUACGGACAGUCGCCGGGUGGCGCCGCUGCCGCCGCCGUUGCCGCGGCGUCGCCGGGUGGUGGCGCUGGUGUCGCCGCUGGCUCUCCGGGGUCGCGCCGGACGUCGAGAGACGCGGGUUUCGGAGCCGGCCGCGGGUUCAGCGCGGGCAGCGGCUACACCGCCCACGGCGCGCCGGUCGUCACGUCGACGGCGACGACGACAGCGUCCCCGCUACCGCCGCCGCCGCCAGGGCGGCGCGUUAGCGGCAGCGGCGGCUCCGCGCGUCCCUCCACGGACUUGUCCUCCCUCCACACGCCGCUCCCCGCGGGACUACCGCACCCGCCGCCGUCGUCCCUUACCACCAGCCCCGCCGUCAACCCGGCCUCCACCUCCGCCGCCGGCACCUCCACCUCCCCCUUCGCUCACAGCCUCAAUGCCGCCACCGCCGCCGCCGCCGCCACCACUGCCAACCCCCUCGUUGCCAACCGCGGUGUGCAGCAGUCGGCGCAGCGUGAGGACGUGCAGCACAUGCUGCUGGUGGCUCUAGAUUCGCUGUACCGGGAGGGAGGCCGCUCGCCAGAUGUACGACAUGGACUGCUGCGCAUCGCGCUGCAUGUACUGCAGCACCAUGGCGACGGCCUGACCCGGGGCUGGGUGCCAUUGCUACGUCUGCUGGACGCCGUACCCCGUGCGGGACAGGGCCCAGCGGAUGUGCGGCUGGGCUUCCAGGUUGUUGAGCUGCUGGCCACCGACUACCUGUCCAGCUCGCUGCCUAAGGAGCAUGUGGCCAAGGCACUGGAGGUCAUUGCCAAGUUCGCCACGCAGGACACUGUCCUGAACGUCUCCCUCUCCGCCAUCACCAUGCUGUGGAACGUCACCGACCACCUGGCUCGCAGCAGAGGCACCUUCUCCAAGGCGGCGGCGGCGGCGGCGGCUGCAGCAGCACACCAACCCAACCACCACAGCCAGCAGCACACCAAACAAAACCAACAGCGGCCAACAGCCACCACGGACACACCACCGGCUGCGGCCUCCACCCCCUCGGCGGCAGCGGCAGUGCCGCAGGCGUUGUCGCCCUCCCCCCCCGCGGGCCCCUUCGGCGGCGGCUCGUCCUCCCUGCUGUUCGGCGGCGACACGAUGUCCGGGGCCGCCGGGGAGAAGCAGAUGUCCCCCGCGUUUGCCGCCGCGCUGUCCUUCGCCCGGGGAGUGCCCUCGCUGCCCUCCGCGUCCUCACCCGACAGAUCGCCCUGGGCCCAGCUGCAACCACCACCGCAACCACCACAGCAGCCACAGACGCAGGGGCAGUCGCAGCAGCCGGUGGGAGCUGCGGGCGGGGGCUCGGGUCCAGGCACGGGGGCAUCAGCGGCCUUGGUGCCGGCCGGCGGGGGCAGCUACCCGCUACAUGACCUGGACGAGGCGGAAAGCAUCGCCAUGUUGAUGAUUGCGUUCCGCUCCCUAAAGACCCUGUCAGUGGACCCCCGGCCGGAGGCUCGCAACGCCGCCGUGCGGACGUUGUUUCUUGCUGUGGGCAGUCACGGCGGCAAGUUCCCCUCCGCCACCUGGCACCAGCUGUUCUGGUCCCUGCUGUUCGACCUGCUGCUCACCAUCCACCGCCUGUCCGCCACCAGCUCCGUCGAGGAGGCGGCGGCGGUGGAGUUGGGGAAGGAAAAAGGCGGGCGGUCCGUGGUGAUGUUGGUGCACCACAGCCGCAACAGCGAACAAAAGCAGUGGGACGAGACGCUGGUGCUGGCACUGGGCGGGGCGGCCAAGGUGGUGCGGUCCUACAUGGCGGUGCUCAGCGGACUGGACGUGUGGGCCCAGGCCUGGGAGCAGCUCAUGCAGCUGCUAGGGGAGCUGCUGUCCACGGGGCGAAAGGCGCUGUGCCUGGCCUCCACCAGCCUGCUCACCACGGUGCUGCAGACCCAUGGGUCGGGGCCGCUGGUUACUAAAACCAUGUGGCAGCAGACGCUCGCGGCGCUGGAUAGAGGCGUCAACGCAAUGGCCGCACCCAACACCUCCGCACCGCUACAAGCCCGGGCCGAGCUCCUCACCUGCAUCACCACGCUCUCCGCCCAGCUCCUGCUGUUGCGCGGUCCACGGCCGGCGGCCACCGGGACACCCGCCGCUACAGCCGCUGCCGCCGGAGGGGGAGGCCCCGCGGCUACUGCCAACGGCGAUGGCGGCGCCCCCAGCCCCGACCCGGAACAGCUUCUGCUCAUCUUACGAUGGCUAGACCGUUUCGCCCGGUACCCCGUGGGUUGCGACGACACGUCAUCCAUUCACUUCACCACCAUAGGGCCCAUUCAGAAGGCCGUGCUGGCGGCCCUAGCGGCGCUGCCGCCCGCAGCCGCCGCAGCGGGCGUGUGGCCGGCCGUGCUGAACGUGCUGUGCAACAUGCUACGUCCGUUCAGCACGCUGGCUCUGCGGCAAUACGCUCAGCAGGCGGCGGCAUUGCAGCAGCAACGUAAGACCUGCGGCCCAGUCCCUGGGUCCGCAUCAACCACCGGUGCGGACGGGCCUGCAACGACGACAUUAACACCAACACCACCAGCAGCAGCAGCAGCACCCCACCCCCCGACUACGACCUCCACGGGGCCCACCGCGGGUCCCUCCAACCCCCCCGACCCCACGUCCUCCCACAUCAGCGUCGCCACCGCCACCGCCACCGCCACCAGCAGCCGGGAGCCCUCCAUCCACAACCCGGUAGGGGCAGUAGCAGGGGCAGGUAGCUUGCCGGGUGCUGUCAGCAGUAGCAGCUCCUGGUUGGCGUUCGCAGCCACCGGCGAGGUGGUGGAGGCCCGGGCUAUGUCCCCCGUGUGGAUGGCGCGAGUGGUGGAGCUGCUGGCGACUUGGUACCGGGACCAUGUGUCGUGGCAGGUCCGUGUGGUGACCUUCCCGCUCCUGUCCGGGAGCGCCCCCUCCACCUCUCAGCAGCCGCCCCAGAGCUCUUUCACUCCGCAGCUGCAGCUCUACCCGGGGCCCGGGGACCCCGCGGAGGGCCCGGCCCUGGAGGAGCUGUGGCGGGCGGCGGCACGAGGGCUGAUGACGGUGGUGCAGUCGGGGCUGCCGUCCAUCAACAUAUGCAGCCAUCAGGGGCACAGCCAGGGUCAGGGUCACGGUCAGGUGCUGGUGCCGCAGUCCACCUGGCCCGCUCUGGCGCGGGCCUUCCAGAUGUUCUUCCUCGCCGCCAACCUGCCGCCACUGCUACAGCCCCCGCCGGAGGUGCAGCACGCACUCUCGUUAGCUGCUGCUGCCACCGGUGGUGGCGGCGGCAGCAGCAGCAGCGGUGCCGGCGCGGCGUACUUCCGCAACAUGAACGCCUCCGCCGAGCCGCCGCUGCCACCGCAGUCCACCGGCGCUGCCGCUGCCGCUGCUGCGGCCACAGCAAUGCCGGCCCCCUCUCUGGAGCAAGUCGCGGCGGAUCUGGAGAUUACGACUGCAGUACUGGACUGCCUCUCCGAAACGGUCCUGAGCUCUUGUCAGCACGCACCAGUCGAGAUGCGGCGAGCACUGAUUGAGGUGUUGGACGCGGGGGCCGCCUCCGUCGCAGCGCCCUCAGCAGCCGGCAUCGCCACCAGCGACCGGCCCUACGACGAGUCCUGCUUGCCGCCCACCAGCCGCCUCAGCCACGUGUGCCUGAACAAGCUCUACGUGCUGUGCAGCCGGGGACAGGACGCGCCCGUGCCCGAGCCGGAGGGUCGCGACCUGGCGCACCCGCCGGUGCCGGCGGCUAGGUCCCUAUUGGAGGUGGCCCAACUCGCGUUGCCGGUCUUCGUAACUCGCUGCGAGGCCGUCCUUCAUGACUACGCGCGAACCGAGCAGCGUGCCAGGCCAGGCGCCAGUGCGCCGUCGGGUACGGCCGCAACAGCCGCCGGGGAUUCCUCCGUGGUGAGCGGCGGCACCGGUGCUGCCGCAGCGAAUGCCGCUGGUGGCGGCGUCGGAGUGGAUGUUCAGGCCAUGCCGCUGGAGUUGACAACGGCAUCUUCGCGCGCGGUGACGUCAGCUGUUAUGCCGGCGGCGUUGCACGACAAGGCGCUGCACGUCCUGGAGCUGCUUCAACAACUUCGCGUGGUUCCAGCUGUGUCGGAUUCGCUGCUGCCGUCCCGUCCUCAUCUCCGUUUCUGGCUGGACGCGGUGCGGGCGGUGCGCUCGAACGCAGCCAUGCCGCCGCCAUCGCUGGCGGCCGGCGCAGCGGCGGCGGCUGCCGCCGCCGCGCCCGCCGCCGGCGCCGCUGCCGCUCUGCACUCCACUUCUAGUCUCGGAGGCUCCGGUAGCGGACUGGGCCCGGGGUCUGUACUGCAGAGCCCACCGGCGGCUUCCCGGCGCAGCAGCAGCGGCGUCGACCUCGUGAGCCCAGCGGCCGCCGCUGGCGGCGGCGGCGCCGCCCCGGGCUUGGCAGCGGGGCCGGAGCUGUCCUUUUCCAGCCUUGCCUUGCCCACGGGUCGAUCCACCCCUUCAUUGUCGUUCUUCUCGCGGACGUACAGCAGUACGGGUGCGCUGAUAUCGUCAGCAAUGGGCAUCGCAACCGGCAGCAGCGGCGGCGGCGGCAGCGGCAACAGCGCCGCCGUGCCUGUCGUGCCCGUCACCCCGCCCACGCGUACGAGUCUUGGUGACGGUGCUGCCGGCGCAGUCGCCGGCCACACGGGCGAACCCCGCAUGUCCGCUUUCAUGGCUCCCCGUAACGCGGCGACCGUGUUCGCUACUGCCGGGCCGGGGUCGGUCUCGGGGGCUGGGACCGGGCCCGGGCUGCAGCUGACGGGGAAGUCGCUGUGUGUAAAGGAGCAGCCACACCUGCCGGCGCUGUACGGCGUGCUGUGCGAGUGCAUCGGUAGCUCCGACCCUGUCGUACGUGCGGCUGUGCAGAGUAUGCUGACGGCACUAGGUGUCGGACUGGGGCUGUGCGUCGCAACACCGCUUCCGCCGCCACCGUUCUUGUUAUGA